GUCAAUCAGUCUACUUAACGUUGAGGUCUGGUUCGUUGCUCAUUCUCUUCCAUUGAUUUUCCAGUGCGAGCCCCCAAAAACGAAAAUCGGCACUGCUCGGUAUUAGUGUCUCCUCUCUCCCGCAUAACAUGAACCAGAUUUUCAAGUACCCAUUGACCCGGUUGGUGUCUGCUGUGAAUCGACUCUACUUUCGCUCAAAUUUUCAUCUGUUCUCCCGAGAAUCUCACUUCCUCGGGAUAGGGAGUGCUGAGCCGGAGUCAUGGAAAUCAAUGGAGGGUCUGGUUCGAUGCUCCGCCAACGAUGUUCCAUUGUCUCCUAUUAGCUUCUUGGAGCGAUCAGCGAAGGUGCACAGAGACAGAACAUCGCUUGUGUAUCGAUCCGUGAAGCAUACUUGGGGAGAAACCCAUGAAAGGUGUCUCAAACUGGCUUCUGCUUUGACCCAGCUGGGAAUUUCCCGCGGCGACGUGGUUGCAACACUAGCUCCUAAUGUUCCGGCAAUGUAUGAACUGCAUUUUGGGGUCCCAAUGGCUGGAGCAGUUCUUUGUACGCUCAAUGCCCGCCAUGAUUCAGCAAUGGUUUCAGUUCUACUGAGACAUUCCCAAGCCAAGAUGAUUUUUGUGGACUAUCAGUUACUUGAAGUUGCUCAAGGAGCACUUGAAAUUCUUGUUACAGAAGGAAUUAAGCCUCCUAUCUUAGUCUUAAUCCCUAAUCCUGAUGGCUCAUCAACUCCCAACAUUAGUACUAAUACCUUAGAAUAUGAGAGCCUGCUGCAGAGUGGACAUAAUCAUUUUGAGAUAAGGCGGCCAAGAAGUGAAUGGGAUCCUAUUAGUGUUAAUUAUACUUCAGGCACAACGUCAAGACCCAAAGGAGUUGUUUACAGUCACAGAGGUGCCUAUCUGAACUCCAUUGCAACAUUUCUCCUCCAUGGGAUGAGCUUAAUGACUGUGUACCUUUGGACUGUUCCUAUGUUUCACUGCAAUGGGUGGUGCCUCAUUUGGGGGACGGCAGCCUUGGGAGGCACCAACAUAGUCCUCAGGAAUGUCUCUCCAAAGGGUAUAUUUGAUCACAUUGCCCUCCACAAAGUGACCCACAUGGGCGGAGCACCCACUGUUUUAAACAUGAUUGUGAAUUCCCCAACCAGAGACCAAAGGCCACUUCAUUGCAAGGUUCAAGUAAUGACAGGUGGUUCACCACCGCCUCCACAGAUUCUUCGCAAAAUGGAAGACCUGGGUUUUUGUGUGUCUCACUUGUAUGGCCUCACAGAAACUUAUGGUCCCGGGACUACUUGCACAUGGAAGCCUGAUUGGGAUGCAUUGCCUCCAGAUGAGCGGUUUAAGAUUAAAGCCCGACAAGGGGUGCACCAUCUUUGUUUAGAGGAGGUUGACAUAAAGGAUCCAGCUAGUAUGGAGAGUGUACCUUCUGAUGGUAAAACAAUGGGGGAAGUUAUGUUCAGAGGAAACACUGUAAUGAGUGGAUACCUCAAAGAUUUAAAAGCAACAGAAGAAGCAUUUAGGGGUGGAUGGUUUCGAAGUGGUGACCUUGCCGUGAAACAUUCCGACGGAUAUAUAGAAGUAAAAGAUCGGCUAAAGGAUAUUAUUAUAUCUGGGGGUGAGAAUAUUAGCACUGUGGAGAUAGAAACUGUGAUAUUUAGUCAUCCCGCAGUUCUUGAGGCUGCAGUAGUCGCAAGGCCAGAUGAUCACUGGGGGCAGACACCUUGUGCAUUCGUUAAGUUAAAAGAUGGCUUUACUGUUGAUGCUGAAGAUAUAAUUAAGUUUUGCAGGGAUCAUUUGCCACACUACAUGGCUCCCCGGACAGUCAUUUUUGAUGAUCUGCCGAAAACAUCAACUGGAAAGGUACAAAAAUUUAUACUUAGGGAGAAAGCAAAUGCCUUGGGCAGUAUUGUUUGAGCACAAAGAACUGCAUACCUUGAGCCUUGAGGCAUGUUUUGUUUGAAGGGGAGCACCUCAUCUUCAAAUGCAGAGUAAGUGCUGAAGUUUGGAAUUAUUUAAGAUGCUGGCUUGGAUGGUCUAGAGCCAUGACUACCGUAAAAGCUGCACAUAAAUGGUUGAAAAAAGAGGCUCUAGGGACUGGUAUCCAAUCAGUUGCUAAGAGGGCUUGCUUGAAUACUACUGUUAAUUAUUUGUGGCACUUCAGAAACAAGUUGAAACAAAGACACUCUGACUAAAGCAAUGGUAAGAUUUAUUCAGACACACAUAUUCAUAACCUUGAAUGACAAAUUUCCACAUCUUCUGGAGUUUGGGAAUUGAGAUGAAAGCUUUUUUUAUGUCAGAUGCCCUAUUCCUGGAUUGGCUUGUUGGCCCCUAGGUAUGCCCAGGUUUCAUUGUAACAUUUGAUGUUUGAUGUUGUUUUGAAUUUUUGGAGAUAACUUGUGAGUUGCAAUGGAUGUCUUUCCUGGGUA